AUGGAAAUGUCAUUAGAUGUUUAUUUACGAAAGCACUUGUUUGCAAAUUCAAAACCACUGUCAACAAAAUUGGAUAUUAUUGAACAGAUCAUUGAACAAGUUGGAAUUGGAAUUCAUUCUUUGCAUUCAAAGGAAUUAGCUCAUCGUGAUUUGAAGGAAGCAAAUAUUUUGGUCAGUGGUUCAAACAAGCUCUUCAUUUGCUUGUGUGAUUUUGAUUUUGUCAAUGAUAACCUCACAACAUCCUUAUCUAUUGUGGGGACUCCAAAAUAUCUUCCUCCUGAAAUGAUUAGUCAGGGGAUCCUUUUAAAGAAGAAUAGUACAAAGAUUGACAUUUGGUGCUUUGGAAUAAUCAUUUUUAGAAUAUUGUGUGAAUUACUUGGUAUUGAUUGUUUUUCAGAUUGUCCUGAAGAGAUACUCGUAGAAGAUGAUAUAAGAUUAGGAAGAGCAAAGGAUAGCGAACAAUUGAGACAAUAUCUGGAUAAGAAACUUUCAACAUCAGAGCUAUUGAUCAAUUAUACUUUGGGAGAAGGAAGAAGAAUCACCCGAUUUAUUGAACUUACGAGGCAAUUACUCGAAUACCAAUAUGAGAAGAGGCCAAAUGCUUCCACAUUAAUUGAACUCAUUCAGACUCCUUGA